AUCCCAUCGUUUUCAAAAUUGAACAAUAUUUGGGUGAAUCUAUCAAUUUUCAUUUGAAUAUCACUUAUCAUUAUAGUCAAAUUUUUGAAAUCUUAACACCAAAUGUGUAAUGUUCGAUGCAUUUAUGCUGUUUUAUUCAUAGUAUUUCUCAGUUUUAAAACGUAUGCUCAAUUAGUUCCAUAUGAGGAAUUUCGAUGUGGAUCCGGUUCCAUUUCGACUUCAAUUUCCUACACGUCUUCUUAUUUUUGUGAUCAAAUUCAAUUAAACCAAUGUUGUAUGUACCAUGAUCUCUGUUAUGCGGGAUGUACACUUCCACAAAUGGAAUGUGAUAAUCAAUUCUGUGAAUGCCUGGCAACAAUAAUCUCAAAUCCGUUUUGCCAAUCUAUUGUAUAUCCCUCCCAUUGUAAUUUUGUUCGUCUCUUUGGAAAUUUGUUCAUUUGUCCUAUGAUGGGUUAGUGAACUGUUUAAAGUGUAACUUAUGUGUAGAAAUAAAGUAAUAAUUCUUAUAAACAAAAAUGUGGAAAUUUGAAAUCUGACGUUAAUUUUU